GUUGUGCUGGGAUGGAAAGGGAAUGUUUACUGGCAUCACUCUCUGGUCAGAACAGCAAUGGCUUCUCUGUGGAAACAUUUCUGCAUCCUCGUCCUUCAUCUGCAUUCAUCUUCCUCAUUCCUCCAGCGACCUGCCAGCAGGCUUUCUGCUGUCGAAGAGAGAUUUGUUUGGAAAACUGACCAUAAACUGACACAGAAACGCUCAGCAUCUGUAAUCAGAGAUGAAGGAAGCAAAACGACGAUGAGGAAUGAAGAAAACUUGUUUUUCACCGGGGAACCGGAGAAACCUCAGGCUUCACAGAGAAAGUUGCUCCAAACAGCAGGAGCUGCUCUUCCUUUCUCUCCUCUCAAGGUGCUGUCCAACGGAGAGCCGUGUAUUUUGUUCCAGGCCAGGAAACUUUCUCUGCGCUUUGAGAAGCAGAGACCCGUGGACCUGACAGAGCUCACCUUCUCUCCCCAGAAGCUUGUCGACACGAGGGAGUCGCUCUGCCAGCAGGACAGAGCCGCGCUGGUCAUGAGGUUUGGAGAUGUGGAGGAUUUGAGAGGCUUAUCAAUCAGAUUUCAGCUCUCCAACACAUUUUACGAGUCCUCGGGUCAGUGGUGGUUCUCCGUGGACCGGGUCUCUGUUUCAUACAACACUUCGGAGGAGGUUGUCUUCAACGCCACGGAUGUUUACGCUCCGGCCUCCUCCUCCUACCGCUGCCUCCAUGUCAGCAGUCUGCAGAGAUACAGCGGUCUGUUACUGCCGAGCACUGAGCAUGCGCAGCGCUGGGCCAUCACCUUCAUCGACUUCCAGAUCCAGGCAUUCAACAUCAGUGGAGGGAGGUUUUCUCCUGCGAGCGACUGCACCACUGUCCUGACCCCGGCCAUCCUGAUGGGCCUCAUCACCUCCCUGAUCCUGCUGCUGGUUCUGGCCUACGCCCUGCACAUGGUGGUCCACCUGAAGCACAUCGAGCACGACGACGACCAAAAGCCUGACAUCUACUUCCCUCAGAGCCCGGAGCAGCUGGACCACUGCUGUGAAGAAAGCUCCACGGAGAAGAACGUGAUGUAGGACAAAAAGAACGUUCCUGAAACGGACAGAGCUGUGAUUACCCAUGGAGUAAUGUGCUUUCUGCUCAGGAUUUCAUUUUUAAGGAAAUCAUUUUAUUAA